CUGUUCAGUUCCAUAGCGAGCCGCAAGCGAAGCAGACCACAAACGGAAGCGAACAAGUGAACCAGUGAACCAGUGAGCCAGUCAGCUAAUUGAACUCUUGGACUACUUAGAACUUGUUGAGUUGCAAUGACAUCGAAACCGAAUCUAUAUCCAUCGCCGCCAGAUGCUCCGCCCCAAUAUGGGGACGUAGACGCACCGGGCGAAUCGUUGAGGCCCUCCGUGAUUAACGUGCAACAGCCCCAGGUCUAUAUGCAAGGUGGAGCACAGAACAAUUUAGGCCGCAUGCCAACGAUUGCUGUCUGCCCCUCGUGCCACGCCCGACAGCAGACGACGGUGAGCCACGAGCCGAGCACCAAGACGCAUCUAUUGGCCCUACUCAUUUGUCUAGUGGGCGGCAUCUGUUGCUGCUGUGUGCCCUACUGCGUGGACUCCUGCCAGAGCGCUGUGCACACCUGCUCCAGCUGUGGCGCCUUUAUAGGCACCUAUCAGAACUGAAGAUUGAGCAACGGAUUACAACAACAUUAACAACUACAACAACAACAACAACAACAACACGUAUGCACUAAAUAUUUCACAU